CCCUGAGAGAUCCUGGAACAGACAUCUCCAUCUAGCCGUGCGCAAUAAUUGAAAUGGCGCAUUUGGCUGCGGGCACACUGCGAGGGCGCGCGGUGAAUGAUGUCCAGACGUCAUUUGCUUUUAAUGGCCUCCAGGAAAUUUGCCAUUACAAUUCUCGCAGACAUUAGAGCAAAGAAGAGAGUGUAGUGCGGGGAAACGCGCCGCAUGCAUGAGCACCGCGUCCAGGUCCAGAUAUUAUUUGCUUUGUUUAAAAAGCAAUAGCUACGCGUCUUUUAUCGCCACUUUAUCAACAAGUUCCAGUGCGCCUCCUGCUUUAGCUAGAGAGACUUUUACUCGUUCAGGGAAGGAAAAUGUGUUGCCUUUGCGAAAGAGCCUGGGGGAAUAUUACAUCAGACGAAAUGACAAUGAUUAAAAUCAGCCUUUCUGCCUCUCCAAAGUCUCAGGAACGGCGCGGUGACACUUGCCUGAUGCGUAAACCUUUAUACGCUGAACUUUAAACCCUCGGCAGCUAUUUUUACUUUGCGAGAGAGCUAAAUAAUCGAGGGGGAAUAUCAGGUUUGCAUCUGUUCCAAUGAGUCUGCUCGGGUUUGAGUUAAUUGUCCUCUAAUCCUGUGGCCCCAGAGGCGUUUGCGCAGCCCGGAGCCAGAAUUCUUCUUUCGGCUCUGCUCUGAUUUAGAGACGGAUUAUUGGCUUUCUUCUGCCCAUAAGCAAAGCAGCAGAUUCAGCGUGGCCAAAAAAGACAGUGGCGAGGCUGAUAUACGCGAGUGUUAAGAAAUAAGAAGAUCAAGAGGGGGAAGGAGAGCUCUGGUCUCCUGGAGAAGGAAGGGAGAAGCAUGUCACGCCUGUCUCUGACCCGGUCUCCGGUCUCUCCUCUGGCGUCUCAGGGGAUUCCUCUGCCGGCUCAGCUCACCAAAGCCAACGCGCCCGUGCACAUCGACGUGGGCGGACACAUGUACACCAGCAGCCUGGCGACCCUCACCAAAUACCCAGACUCACGGAUCAGCAGGCUGUUUAACGGAACCGAGCCGAUCGUUCUGGACAGUUUAAAGCAGCAUUACUUCAUCGACAGAGACGGAGAGAUAUUCCGCUAUAUCCUCAGCUUCCUGAGAACCUGCAAACUGCUCCUGCCUGAUGACUUUAAGGAGUUCCACCUGCUGUACGAGGAGGCGCGUUAUUACCAGCUGUCUCCGAUGAUCAAGGAGCUGGAGCGCUGGAAGCAGGAUCGGGAGCAGAGGCGCCUGGCUCAACCCUGCGACUGCCUGGUGGUGCGCGUGACCCCUGACCUCGGCGAGCGCAUCGCCCUCAGCGGCGAGAAGGUGCUCAUCGAGGAGGUGUUCCCCGAGACCGGCGACGUCAUGUGUAACUCGGUCAACGCCGGCUGGAACCAGGACCCCACGCACGUCAUCCGCUUCCCCCUGAACGGAUACUGCAGACUGAACUCAGUGCAGGUGUUGGAGCGUCUCUUCCAGAAGGGCUUCAGUGUGUCCGCGUCCUGUGGCGGCGGAGUCGACUCGUCUCAGUUCAGCGAGUACGUGUUGUGUCGCGAGGACAGGAGGAGUCAGUCCAUGAACACACCCAUCAGGAUAAAGCAGGAGCCGCUGGACUAGGCACACACUCAGGCCCUCGGCCCCUCCACACACACAGACUCGCAGCGUUUACAAGGGGAAUGUAAUGCACACACACACACACACACAAACAAACCCAAAGAUCUUCAACAGGAUCUGCGUCACUUCCUGUUCCGCCCGAACCACCAAUCAGAGGACGUCCUCACGCAUAUGGAAUCAGGCCACGCCCCUCUUCCGGUGUGUGAUUAAAACGACUCCGAGGCCGAGGGCCGAUUUCUCGCUCGCUAUGGAUUUUUUUCAUUUCAACCUUGUUGUUUCUAAAGUUUUUCACUCCGUAUAGCACCGUUGUAUGCGGUUAUCAGUACUAGGAUGGAGUUUUGUGUUUAUUUCUGUUGUUACAUGAAGGAUGAUGGGAGUGUUGUUCUGAAGGCAUUACGUUUGAGAGACUUUCCUGGCAGCGCUCGCAGAAACACUAUUACGCCCUGGAGCCACGGGGCCGAAGCGGUCUGGGGUUUAAUGCGUUCAGGCUUCAAUGUUUGAAGGAUCUGCUAGCAAACAUGGGGUUUUGCAAAGCCGGCUUUGAGAAAUAGGAAACAGUGAUGGAGUGAGCCAGAGCAUUAAGCAUAUCGUUAAACAGUUGAAAGUUUUAUAAGCUCUCUAAUGCUUGAAUCAAAAGAAUUCUGAGCUAAAGACAAAGAGUGUGUGUGUGUGUGUAUGUGUGUGUGUCACAAAGUAAAUGUAAGGAUCCUGAGGCAAAGCAUUGGAAGUUGAAGACAUAUGAUUGUGUCUAGAGGAAAUCCAUAGUGUUCAUAACGUUUGCACUUAAAUGCAUCUCAGACGCCGUGUGUUUAAAGAUUCAGUGGAAAUAGACUCAAGUUUGAGAGUGCUGACAGAAUGAGGGUAACUAACUAUGAUGCAUUAAUUUUUAAACCAUCUUUGUGAAUGAAUAAUCGUUAUUCAUUAGCCCAGUUUAUCAGGUUUUCCGAUUGUUUGAAGUUGAUCGUUUUCUGUUUUUGACGUCAAAAUGUUGUGAGAUGCGGGAUUGCGAGAGUCAAGGACGGUUACGUUGGGAAGUUCAUAACACACUGGACUACAGUAAACUGCUGUUAAACUACAGUAAACUACAGUUAAACUACAGUAAACUGCAGUUAA